AUGUACGCGACCUUGAGUGUCAGUUCCAUGAUGGCUGAAGAUCCCGGAGGAGCUUUCUUUAAUUUCACCCUCAUUUUUAUCGUUUUUUCGUUACCUCUGCUGGAAAGAUGGCAGGGCACACAGCCUCGAUAAACGGCCAUAGACCCCCGCUGUCGUCAUGCCCAAGAAAGGGAACCGAAAACGGCUGAAAUUUAGAGCCGAGGAUGUUUGCUCAGAGUCAGUAACUGUGGCUGACUAUGCCAACGCCGAUCCCGCCAUCGUAAAGUCGGGAAGAGUUAAAAAGGCUGUUGUUAAUGCAAUUGAAAAAGAAGUGAAAUUACUCUGUGGACUUGAGGCAUCCCAGGGUCCUGUGCAGGAAGUGCUCUCCUCUGCAGCUGGUGUGAGUAACGCAGCCCGUGAGAGCAGUGAUGAACUGGACUCAGAGGAAGGGGAUGAAAUCAAAGGGUCCCGCAAAAAGAAAAACAAAAGACGCAAAGAAAACAGUGAGAGCAUAGAUGGAGAGGAGUAUCCCGUUGAUAUUUGGCUUCUGCUUGCUGCAUACAUUCGGCCAGAAGACGUCUGCAGAUUCUCCUUGAUCUGCAGGAAUGCUUGGACUGCCACGUGCACAGCUGCAUUUUGGACACGACUCUACAAAAGGCACUAUAAUCUUGAUGCAGACCUCCCCGAUCGCCUUCAACCUGAUUCUAUUGCAAAGAUGCGUUGUCUUCGUGCGCGUGUUAUUCGCUCGCUUUUUCACUUAUAUGAGCCCUAUAGCUUGCGGGUGUCCAAAAGCCCUCCUCUCCCUGAAUCUACACCUACCACACUCCUCAAUUCCAAGUGUUUGUUGUUUUGGGUCAACAAAGUGUCUGGAAGUAGGUCAGAGCCGAUGUGGGAGUUCAACUUCAAGUUUGUGAAACUGCCAACCAAGGGGAAAAAUGGAUGUGGUUUGAGUCUUCAGCUGCCCAAGCAGUAUAAAGAUGUUCACACUAAUCCAGACUCGGACUGUUAUCUGCUGCGGGUCACUACCCUCAAUUUCAUUUUCACUUCUGUUGUGAUGGGCAUGACUUUAACUUUGUUCACCAUUAAUGUGAGCACAGACAUGAGGCACCACCGAGUGCGCUUGGAUUUCCAGGAUUCACCACUCAUUCGAGGGAAGAAGCUUAGGGGUGAACAAGGGGUGCAGGUAGUGCUGGACCCUGUCCACAGCGUGCGCCUCAUGGACUGGUGGCACCCUCAGUACCCCACAUCCUCAUAUAAUUAGAUUGAACUCCAAUCUUCUCAGUUACAAAAACAUUGCAGGAGACAAUUCGGGCCUGUUUCAACCAACCCUAAAGUCCUGGCUUGGCAGUCUUUUUUUUUGUGCUGAAUUUUACUCGUUGCACUAAGUGUGCUGCUUUAUAUAGUGUGCUGAUCUGCUGAUCCAAACUCAAGGUGUCAUGACAAUGUAUGUGGCAAUUGACUUUAAUAGUCUGGGUACCUGCCAUAUUUAUGUCAUGAUGCCGUUGUUCACCCUUCACCUAUUUUUUUUUUUUCUUCUUUUUUCCCUCUUUUCCUGAAUGAUCAAAUUGCUAAUUCACAACAAUGUGACCCUCUGAACAGAUUCUGCUUGCCACCCUCAGUUUUUAUAACAAAAAUCUUUUCGAAUUAAGUAUGGCAUCUACCCCAGGACAUGUUAUACUUUUUUUUACCCCUUGAGUAUGGUUUAGAAAAAUCAGCAUUGAGUUUAACACUUGCGUAGUAGGGUUUGCAUGACUCUAAUCUUGAAUCAUAUGUUAAUAGUCAGUUGUUGAUUUUAUUUUUAUUUUUUUCUUCAAUAGCAUUUCCAAGAUUCACCUUAACUGUAGAUUUCUUAUUCUGUCUCUCUGCAAAUGUAUAAAUUGGUAAACUGGAUGACCAUUCAAUCUAAAGAAAAAAAUCUCAGUUUUAAAAAACAAAUGAUCUAUUAAGGCUGGUCAGCUCUAGAGAGGUGUAAUGUAACCCAUUUUGAAUACCUUUUAGCUUGGUGUUAGGUUUAGGGACAAAAGCUAAGAUUUUAUGUAUUCGGUGCUUUCUGUGGAGGCCAUUCUGAGUUCAGCUUUGCUACUGUGCAUGUUUGCCUAUUUAAAUUGACCUAAAUUGUCUAAUUGACCGCAUUGGCAAGGGAGUUUCUAGAUGUUUUAGAUAUUAAAGUGUCUUUGGUUAAGAGAAUGUUAUUGUUUGUGAUCAUGAGAAGUUAAAUCUAUAGAUAAAAUCCAAAGUCAACAUUUAUUUCCUUAAUAUAUAAUCAAAUCCAGAAGUUGGGCUUUUGUGAAGUAAAUUCUAUGCUUCUUUUUAAUUUGAAGCUUGCGUUUUGUUUCAGACUGGAAAAGGAAGGCACUUAUGUUUCACUAUAUUAAAAAAUACACGCCAUAAUCAGUGUGUGGUGAGUUUUUUUUUUUUUUUUU